CCUGAAGAGGAUCAAAAACUGAUCUUUUCUGGGAAGCUACUGCUAGAUCAUCAUUAUCUGAGAGAGUUGCUGCCAAAGCACGGGGAGUUGCAUGCUCUUCAUCUGGUAUACAAAUUCAAGACUCCUGCACAUGUGCAAGAAUCUGAUGCAGAGGUUAAAGCUGAUCAGCCAAGGUUACUGUCAGAAGAUAGUAAAGAACCAGCUGUAUCUUUCUCAGAUGUUGAAAGAUUGAGAUGCUCUUCUGGUGGCCAGUCUUCAGCAGAAGUCAGUAACAGGCUGGAAACAACCCAACAUCCCUUCCAAAGUGUGGCUCCUGGUUUCUCUGCAUAUACAACCUACAACACACUUCAGAUGUCCUGGUUCCAGCAGAUCUAUGCUAGACAGUACUACAUGCAAUACUUGGCAUCUACUGCUGCAUCUGCUGACCCAUCCCAUGCACAACGUUCUCAGGAGAUAGCAGUGACACCAGUGACAACAUCAGCUCCUCUCCCAGACACGUUUCCUGCACAAAAUCAGCCUGGAAACCAGAAUGCUGCUGCCCAGGUUAACGCAGCAGCCAACCAGAACUUGCAAAUGAAUGCUCAAGGGGGUCCCCUCAUGGAGGAAGAGGAGGAGGGUGGCCAGCGAGAUUGGUUGGACUGGCUCUACUCAGCAACGUUGUUCUAUGUAUUUGUCAACAUGAUCUAUUUCUACUCCAGUGUUAGCAGAUUCCUCCUGGUUAUGGGUGGCAGUAUCCUGAUGUACCUGCACCAUGUUGGAUGGCUUCCAUUUAGACGAAGACUGGUUCAGCCCUUCCCAGGCAACAUUCCUCCUCAAGCUGCUAUGAACCAGGACCAGAACAAUAUCUUACAGGGGGGGAAUGCAGGUGGAGCAGAUGAAUCUGAGGCAUUUCCUGAUGAGGGACAAGGCUUACAAGAGCUGCAGCAGACAAACCCUUCACUGAUGGGCACAGUGUGGGUUUUCUUCAAGACUUUCUUUGCAUCCCUCCUUCCAGAAGGGCUUGGAGUGACCCGCAACUGA